CAGGCCGCGCAGCUCUGUGCAAUGUCAAAAAGCCUCCUGAAGUCUCUCAUAUCCACUCUGCUCCCGAUCUUUUCUCCUUCUUCUUCCUCGUUACGAUAAUUCAUCUCAGUACAAAAGUGAGGCUCCUCGCGGCUGCGCCCACCAUCUCAUUUGUCUUCUCCAACAGCCUCCCCCUCAGCUAUCCGUCAAUACCGCCUAUCAAAACAACACCGCCCGCCAACGUGCCACGCCUGACGACUGCAUCAUCACGAGGGUUUCAAACCACCCGUGUGCUUCCCCAGACUUUCCUUCGUUAACGCUCACGCUCACGCUCACUACGACUGCUACGAUUUUCCUUUCGUCCCACUGCCAUUCAUCGAUCGUUAGCCGGGAGUUCUGUUGUUGGAAUUUGAUACCCUAGCGAUUUUACAUCAUGGCUUCUGGUUUCGCUGCCUCCUUCUGGUCGAGCGACUAUGCGGGUGGUCUUGGUGUUCUAUUUGGAAAGCUUCAGCAAGGUGUUCAGGAAAACCAGCAAGUCUUGACUAUUGCUCGCUUGCGCGCCGACGCCGAAGAGACGUAUGGAAACAGCCUUGCAAGCAUUGGGCCUGCAUCUGAGCGCGUCAGCGGUGGGUUCACCAGGGACGAAGGCGCCAGUGUGCGGAAGGCUUACGAAGGUGUCCGUACUGAAAUGGACUCGGCAGCUGACAGUCACCGCAAAAUUGCUUCCAACAUUCGCGAACUUGUCGUAAAUCCUUUCGGUCGCUGGUGCGAGGCGCAUGCUGCGCGUGUGCAGAAUUCGCAAGACGACCUCCAAUCUCGCAUCAAGCUCCAUGACCGCCAGGCGGAUGCUGUUCGCAAAUUCCGUUCGCAGUAUUACAACAAGUGUAGACUUGUGGAGGACUUGGAAGAGGAAGACAAACUUGCAUUCCAGGACCCUCAGCAUGAAGCAAAUCAAAGCCCUAAAGUGAAGGUCCCAACAAUCAAGAUGUCUGAGCCGGAGGAGGAAGAGGAGGAGCCCAUUGAUCUUGGAGACGAAACGUACCAGCCCGAUCAAGUCAAAAAGAUUCUCACGCAUAUGCUGAACAGCAUCAAAAUUGGAGAAGUCAAGGUUCCCAUUCUCGGCACGUAUCAAAACUGCUCCUCUGGAUCUGACCUUGUGGAGUAUAUCCAGAAACAUAUGAAUGCCACCAGCGUCAGCUAUGCAGAGAGGAUUGGCCAGGACAUGAUUACCGCUGGUUUCUUACGCCUCGUGGGGAAUGUCGGGAGCACGUUCGCCAACAGCUCCAGAAUGAGCUACCAAUGGAAGACCAAGGUCUUCCAAAUCACUGGAAUCCCCGAGAAGAAACAGCCCUUGGUUCGUUCGUCCACUACUAUGUCACAAGAGAGCUUCUCAGUAGACUCUCCCGUUGGCACUGUUCAGGAAUAUCUCGCCGGAUGGAACCCUCUCAACAAUCAAUACCCCAACGAAACUCCGUCUGAGAGACUUCGUAGGGAGGCUCGGGAAGCCGAUGAGCGCUACAAGCAAUCCGUGAAGAAAUUAGAUUCACUCCGUUGCAAUCUUGAGGAGGCCAUGGUUGAUCAUCUGAAGUUCAUGGAGCGAUGCGAGUUGGACAGAUUGAAGGCUAUCAAGGCCGUAGUCCUCGAUUUCUCCGGUGCCAUCAGCAACGUUAUUCCAAGCUUACAGAGUACGGUCGACAAUAUGAUGUUGUUCCAGGAGACCGUGCAGCCACUUGGAGAUCUCAGGUACCUCUUGGAAAACUACAGGACUGGGCCAUUCGUGCCAAAGGUUACGACCUAUGAGAACUACUACAACUCUGUUGAUGAACAAACCUUUGGUGUUGAUCUGGAGGCAAGAGCCCGAUCCGAUCGAAAGCGUGUCCCCGUCAUCAUCACUACCAUCCUCACCUUCCUCGACAACCACUAUCCCGACCUUGAAGGUGACGAGGCUCGACGCGGUAUCUGGCUCGUAGACGUUCCCCUUGCCCAGACGCAUAGCUUGCGUGCUGCCAUCAAUACCGGGAAAACGUUCAAUCAUGAGAUUCUCGACAAAUACGACGUUCCUAUUGUUGCUGCCGUUCUCAAGUUGUACCUCCUUGAACUGCCUGAUUCCCUUGUCUCAUCCCACGUUUACGAAAUCGUCAAGACCAUCUACAGCACUACUGCUACAGACGCCUCGGAAGAGACACGUGUAUCCGUCAUCCAAUCUACUCUCGGCCAGCUCCGCCUCGCAAACAUUGCCACUCUUGAUGCGAUCACUACCCAUUUCACGCGUCUGAUCGAGUUGACAUCGGCGGAUGACAAUUACGUAGCGGCUCUAGCCACCGCAUUGGCACCAUGCAUCUUGAGGCCUCGCCAGGAGUCAAGCUUGACUAUGAACGAACGCUACAGUUACCGCUUGAUCCGCGAUCUCUUCACGCACAAAGAUGCUAUCUUUGGAGAGCUGAAGCGUGCUAGCUCUUUGACCCACUCGGCUUCCGGCGCCCAACGACCCCGGGCCAUCUCCACGGACGAAAGCAACCGCCGCGCCAACUAUGAGGAGCGAAACCGUGCCAUUGCUGCUCAGCGGUCUCCUCGUGCUUCCUCUCCCGCGAGGGCACCAACCGGCUCUCACCGACGUGACCGUAGUCAGACGAGAUUUCCGGUCAACACGAACUCUCCGACCGCAGAGAGGAAGACCGGAACCACUCGUAACUCCCUCGAAGUUCCCGGAAAUGCGGAGAGUCCUGUAUCAAAUGAUACGAAUGGUGCUCUUGAAGGCGCCCAAGAGUCCGCUGCACCUUCUAGCACUCGUGUACCUCUACCAAGGAAGCAUGCUGGUAGCUUGACACGAGGCAACAGGGACUCUAUGGGCAGUUUGAGGGGCGAAGAUAACGCACCUCGAGGAGUUCAACUAGAGGACAAGCCAAUGGAUGACUAGGUGCACCUUUGAGCGUUCAACUCGUCGGACAACGCAUAGACACGAUUCAAAGGCUGCACAGAUAUGAUGAUCCUGGUCCUUCACACAUCAACAUUUGCAAUCAAAGAGAAAUGCCUGAGAAUGCCGGGCACAAUCAGGCUCGCAAAUUUGGCUAGAGUCGCUAAAACACUUUCUCGGCCGUACAAUGGGCGUGGACGGUGCAUGUAAUGUCACUAAGUGUGUACGUGGGCGAUGUGCCUCCAGCCUGGACAGUCCCUCUGGUAACCCUUUUCCUUUAUUAUACCUUAUUCAGUCGGAGACGUGACCAUGAAUAUACAUCUACCUCUAACAUCUUUACUCUAUGCUCUUCUCGUUGCUGUUCUACUUGAGUGAUGCAUACAUUAGCAGCUGGUGAUGAAUAUCACAUUCAGAUUUAUAGAAGAUUCAGUUUCCUUAUCAUCACCGGAACAGAAAAACCACAUUCUCCACCAUGU